UGAAAAUUUUUUUAGACGACGGGCAGAAGGCGCACACACUGCAAGCACGGUAGUACGUGAAUUCCUUCGGAACAAUUGAAUUUAUUUUUCGGUUUUGAGCAGUGAAAAAAAUCUGUCAAGAUGGCUCUAAGCGAUGCUGAUGUACAAAAACAGAUCAAACAUAUGAUGGCAUUCAUUGAGCAGGAAGCCAAUGAAAAAGCCGAAGAGAUCGAUGCCAAAGCCGAAGAAGAGUUCAAUAUUGAGAAGGGACGUCUCGUCCAGCAACAGCGUCUCAAAAUUAUGGAAUACUACGAGAAGAAGGAAAAGCAGGUCGAGUUGCAGAAGAAAAUUCAAUCCUCGAAUAUGCUCAAUCAGGCCCGUUUGAAGGUGCUCAAAGUGCGUGAGGAUCAUGUGAGCAACGUGCUGGACGACGCACGCAAGCGUCUCGGUGAAGUCACCAAGAACGAGGCUGAAUACAAAUCCGUGCUGACCAAACUGAUUGUUCAGGGAUUGUUUCAGGUAAUGGAGCCAAAAGUAACACUACGCUGCCGUGAAGUCGAUGUACCUCUAGUGCGUGAUGUUCUGCACACUGCCAUCGACCAAUACAAGUCCCAAAUGAAUCAGGAUGUCGAUCUUUUCAUCGAUGAGAAAGAAUAUCUGGCAGCGAACACCUGCGGCGGUGUUGAACUGUUGGCUCUCAAUGGACGCAUCAAGGUGCCCAACACGCUGGAGUCAAGAUUAGAAUUGAUUUCACAGCAACUUGUGCCAGAGAUACGUAAUGCCCUGUUCGGUCGCAACGUCAAUCGUAAAUUCACCGAUUAAACUGUUCUUUAAGUGCAAAAACAACUACAAUAACAAGAAACCAACAAAAAUUGAAGUUAAUAACAAAAAACCACCCACUAAAAUAACGAAUGCAGAAACCGAAGUGAACUCAUCCUCUCUAACUCAUGCAACAACAAAAUUAUGUCUAUGAAACGUUAUAUUGAAUUAUAAUUAUUAUUGCCGUUGUCUCUUUGUAUAGUGAAUUGAAAGAAAACUUUCGGUCAAAUAUGUAUGCUACUUAUUAUACGAUAUAUAUAUAUAUACGCCAAUAACUAUAUAUUUUAGAGGAUGUUGCAACACACAUAAAACAGAAAAGCCGUACAUGCAUACAAAUGAAGGAAAUAACGAAAAAAUAAUAAGCGUCUGUUUGUUAAAGUUUGUUUUUUAUUUAGAAUGAUGAAGUAACCGGCAUAAAUAAGCAGAACAUUAACAUUUUACAUACAAAUUAAUGCAAAUACCUAAAACAAACAAAA